ACACAGCACUCCCGAUACAAGUUUGUUUUAAAAUGGCGGCGGAAGCUCUUGAGACAGGUAUGAAAUAUUAACGAUACCGUAUAAACUCAUGAAAUGCAUCGGGCGACUAGGUUCGUUAAACACUAGAGACGCGUUUCUUCUCCGUAGUCGCGGCAGCGACGGCAAAAACAAAAUGUCUGGCGUAUUUUUAACUUAAUUUGGACCACAGUUCUUGAGGAAGCGCAGUUCAAACAUCGGUGAGUUGGCGUCAGCGACAAGUGCUCCUGGCGAGCGAGUCCGGCUCUCACGAAACCGCUUUCCCUUCCUCCACCGUGGUUUGUCCCGGCCGACGACCUGAGUCACUGACACCGGCGCUGUCAGUGUGUGCACCAAGCGGUGUUGAGGCAGGGGGAAGGAGGAGGAGGUGAUGGUGGUGCAGCAGUUUUAGUCCCAGCAUCACCAUGGACUGCUCCGGCCGGAGUGGACCUGCCGCCCACCUGUAGCAUCAGCCGGCAGCAUGGAGAAUAUGAGCCCCGGCACCCAGGACCAGAGAGACAGCCACUGUGGUAUGUCUGGAGGAACCCUAGUGGAGAACGGCUCCACAGUCAAAGAUGUGGCUGUGCCUGAUCUUGACAAUCAUACCAACCACCUCUGCCAUGAAGCCAGCACGGCCCCGCACAGCGAGACCAUCCUGCCCACUUACAAGCCAUCCUGCUCCUCUACUCCCACCUACUACAGCAGCCCACACAAAAGCUACUCAGACCUGGACCAGGACACCCACAGUCUGACGUCCCAGGACUCCGGUAUCCCCACUCUGGAGAUUAAUCCUCCGGAGCCCAUCGUCCACAACCACCAACUCCCGGGCACCAGCCAUGACGCUCCCGCCACUUUACCCUUGGACAAUGAUACCUCAAACGAGAACAUCAUCCACAAAUCCUCCACCUUCCCCCGCAGUGGGUACGACUCCAUUCGCCUCUUUAGUCCCGGCCUCAGAUUGACCGCCACCCCGGGGAUGAGUGGCGGGGGUUUGAACCGCAGCGACGACAUCUCUGUGUGCAGCGUGUCCAGCAUGAGCACCGAGCUGUCCAUCUCCAACGAAGACAUCCUGGACUUCACCGUCACUUCUGACUCCAGCGCCAUCGUCACCCUGGAGACGGACGACAGCGGCACCGCUCACUUCUCAGAGGUGACACUGUCGUCGUCUCCCGUACGGUCGUAUCUGGAUUCGGGUCUCCCGCAGCAGAACGAGGAUGUCCGGCAGAAGAAAGCUGGACCUCUAGCAAGCUUAUUUAGCAGGAGCCUGUUUGCCAGGAGGGUGAAGGACAGUUGGCCAGUGGAGCAGAGGGACCCGGGGUGGAAGCUGUUCGGGAAAGUUCCUCCACGGGAAGUUCCCAUCAAGGACCCGAAGAAAAUACAAAAGGAAUAUGAAACAAAGAGUGGAAGAGCUGGACCUGGCAACCCGACGUCUCCCAGGCAAAGUGUGAGGAAAAACCUGGACUUUGAGCCGCUCUCCACCACCGCACUUAUACUGGAGGACAGGCCUGCUAAUCUGCCUGCCAAGCCAGCUGAGGAGGCUCAGAAACACAGACAGCAGUAUGAAGAGAUGGUGGCCCAGGCCAAGAAGAGAGAGCUGAAGGAGGCUCAGAAGAGGAGGAAGCAGCUGGAGGAUCGGUGUAAGCUUGAGGAAAGCAUCGGCUCGGCCGCACAGACCUGGAACCAGGAGAUCCUACCUAACUGGAGCACUGUGUGUACGUCUCGGCGAGUGAGAGACCUCUGGUGGCAGGGCAUCCCUCCCAGUGUCCGAGGCAAAGUGUGGAGCCUGGCUGUGGGGAACGACCUCAACAUCACUCACGAGCUGUACAACAUCUGUCUGGCCCGGGCAAAAGAGAAGUGGAGGAACACGCCGGCGCCGUCCACAGAGGUCGAAACUGAAGACGCUGGUUCUUCAGAUAGAGAGUCGAGCCUGGAGCUGAUCAAGCUGGACAUCUCCAGAACCUUCCCCCAGCUGUGCAUCUUCCAGAAGGGCGGGCCCUAUCAUGACGUGCUGCACAGCAUUCUGGGAGCAUACACUUGUUACCGGCCAGACGUCGGUUACGUGCAGGGGAUGUCGUUCAUCGCAGCCGUGCUGAUCCUGAACCUUGACACGGCAGACGCCUUCAUAGCUUUCGCUAACCUGCUCAACAAACCGUGUCAGAUGGCCUUCUUCAGAGUGGACCACAGCCUUAUGUUGACAUACUUUUCGGCAUUUGAAGUUUUCUUCGAGGAAAAUCUACCGAAGCUCUUUGCACAUUUCAAGAAAAACAACUUGAGCCCUGAUAUUUAUUUGAUCGACUGGAUCUUCACUCUGUACAGCAAGUCGCUGCCGUUGGACCUGGCGUGCCGGGUGUGGGACGUGUUCUGCCGCGACGGCGAGGAGUUCCUGUUCCGCACGGGGCUCGGCCUGCUCCGCCUGUACCAGGACGUGCUGACCUGCAUGGACUUCAUUCACAUGGCCCAGUUCCUCACGCGCCUGCCGGACCUCAUCCCCGCCGAGCAGCUCUUCCAGCACAUCGCCGCGGUUCACAUGAACAGUCGCAACAGGAAGUGGGCACAGGUUCUGCAAACGUUACAGAAAGACCCAGAGCGAGGCAGCCCGGUGCUGAAGCGCUGAGCUGAGCUGAGAUCUCACUAACAGACUCCUCCUCCUCCUCCUCCACUUCCCCCUCAGGAAAGACUGACCAGGCCAGGUGGACCUGAAAUGGUCCUGGGUUCAGGUUGUGGGGACUUAUCCGGGUUCUAGCUACACUGGUCAACCUCUUUCAGUCCAGUUCUGUGUUACUGCUCUGGCUAGAACCAGGAUCCCGGAGGGGGGACUGUGAGUGAAGAGGCUCGGGUGUGAGUAGGAAUACGAGGCCUUAUCUAACUCCCCCUCUGCUCAGAGAUGCAGCAGUGGACUGGAAACUGUAGCUGCCCGAGGCCUGAAGAAUGUACCACACACACACACACUCAUGACUCACACUCCCGCAUCCAUGAACCCAGCAGACUGAUGCAGUUCUCCACAGAUCAGGGGAAAUCAUCCAAGUCCUCUGAGUAGUUUUUAAUCCUCUACUUUUCUUCUUUUUUUUUUUUGUUUGAUAAAUGUUUCAUAACAAAAAAAAAAAAAUAUUCCUACUGUCUUUAAAAACCAGUAUUGGGCAGGUACUCGACCAACAUGACCAGAGUCCGAUCUGUGAGUGGCUACAUCCACACUACUCCGUUUUUAGUUCAAAAACACGUCGAUUCGCCUCUGGAUAUACCUGUCGUCCAGGAACCACAGGCCCGAUAAUCUGCCGUCUAUAAAAGUCAAGCAACUGCUAAAAGGUCUGCCUAAUAUAUCAACUGUUUUGCAUGAUUCCUACGAGUCACUCAGGUCGUGUGCUGCCUUGAAUAACACUCAACUCCUCUUCUUCCUCAUCCUCCUCCUCCACUCUCUGGGUCGGCGCGAGCAAAUUCGUAAAGGCCAUAAUUUCAUACCACGGCGACUCCUGCAUUUUAGAGUGUUGAACGUUGGAAAACAAGCUGCAGGGUCUGUUGUCGUUUGAAAACUUUAGCGUGGACGAGCAGAAAAGGAGACCGUGGAAAACGGAAGAUGCGGCUUCUUGCAUUGACUCUUCACAAAACAUUCUUUCGGUAUCAUUUUCAAGUCGUCACUUUUUGGCCAUUUUUUCUUUCUCGUUAGUUUUGUGCGUUUUAGUUUGGAAAGCAACGUUUUCAAAGUAGUGUGGAUGUAGCUCAAGUGAAGUUUUUUUUUCAUCCACCACCUGUAAUCUCGCCGUGCCGUUGGUCGGUGUCUGUGAUGAUGCGAUUGGAACCAUCGAAGCCUCUGAAAGAGGUCGAUAACCCGCCUUCUAUUUAUGAAUAGAAUGCGUCCUUCAUUUGAGGUACAUUUCAGCUUUUUGUUUUUCGAUUUUUGUAUGUCUUGACGUGCGUGUCGAUGUCUCGUGUGCAUUUAUUUAACGUUAUCCGACCACUAGGGGGCAGAGUAAUGCCGGGUCAGGAAAAAGAGAAAAUCUCUUUAAAUUUAACUUAUUGCGAUGACUUGAGGAACUCAAGUUACUCAAGUUAAAACUUUGUUUUGUUUUGUUUUUGUUUGACGCCAUGCCACGUGCUACGCUGCCCCCUAUUGUCCGUGUGCUUAAUUGCAUGUCGCAUUCAUAUCGUGUCGUCACAAACAGUCAUGACGUUUGAAAUUGCCCGUAGCUCAUUUCCAUUGUUGACAACAUGGCACUUUGUAAAAAGACGCCAAAGCAGCUGAUUUCAGUCAUUCAUCACUGGAUCACUUUAAUGAAAACUUGUCUGCUUGCUAUAAAAAUCAAAGAUAUCGUCCGAGAGUUCAGGUCAAGUUUCGUCCAAAAACGAUGGUGUGCUGUGUCGGUUUGUUCUGCUAUGAGUGAGAUAAGAAAAAGUGAUUUUUAAAGACAGAGUGUUUGAUAGAUUACGGUUAAAAACAGUGCAGUUUCAAUCUGAUACUGAUCGAUUUUCGGACGAACAAAGCUAAACACACACUGUGCUAAGCUCAAAUUUCUUUGAAGUUACUAAAAAGACCGUAUCGGAUUUAAUAUCGGUAGCGGAACAUUCCAGAGAGUGUGAAAAGCGUCUGUUCCACACAAAGACUGUGUUUAAAAAAUUAGACGUCGUCCUCCGCUCGCAAAUCAAACUCCCGUUUUUGAAUUUUCCGAAACAGAAGUCCUGGCACCUUAUUGGGCGAUUAUGUGCCGUGCCUUAUCCUUAUUUAUCGUCUCUAUCAUGAACGGGGGAACGUAACUUAGAAAUAUGACAUUGUGUUUUGUUGAAGAGGAGCUGAAAAAGUGUUUACAGGCGGUUUAAAUCACGUGAGAAGUAGACGCUCCUGUUCUGUUUUCAACCAGCAGAGUCGCCCCCUGGUGGCUAACAUUUUUUCUUCCUGGGCUAGUCCAAUUCUUAAACACAGUCUGUGGUUCAUCGGUGCUUUUAGCACCUUAAUGCAGUGACAUAGCUCACUUCCUGUUGUGUGUAACACGUUUGGCCGUGGCUGUGUAGCUUUUGUGGCUGUUAGCGGUUGCUGCUGCACCCUGACCACUAGGGGGCGUGUUUAUAAGUUGUCGGUAAGAGGCAGCGUGGCGUUAUUGGAUAAUGAGAUGCUACCGUGUCGCGUGUAUUUCUUUUAAAGCCCAGUUUGCACAGGUUGCGUUGAAGUGAAGUGUCCAAGGCCCGGUCGGUUGUUGACGCUGCGAGACGAGGUUUCUCGGGCGUUGUGAAGCUGCUCUGUGUCGUGUGUUGUGCUCGUGAUUUUGUGUGCGAUGGAGUUCACGUCCUCUCUGCGCGUCUGUGUCUCAGGAGUGUACUUCGAUCCCGUGAUCACAGUUUGGGG